AAGGCUCUAUUAUUACGGUUUUGUUUAUUACUCCAUUCACCUGCAGUGUCUUGCCUUAAAAUGUGCAGGUUUUGUUGAAUGCUCCACACAGAUGCAGUGUGUUUGACACAUCAUAAAUCAAAGAAAUUGCUGCGUUGUCAAAUAUCACACUCUGUUUUCAUCCCACAAGCCUUGAGUCACAUUUUAAUUUGAUAAUUCACAGUUAGAACUUGGAUCUUAAUUCAGCAUGUAAAUUUAAUACAUGCAAAUGAGUAGAAGAGAGAUUUCUCUGCACACUUGAAUUUGGUUAGAUCUUGAGUCAUUUGUUUUUGCUUAUUGUGUGUGUGACUUAAUAGAGCAGUACUGUUCAAGAGUCCUUUAUAACUAGAAAAGCAUUUCUAACCUCUCCAAAAAUCAAUGGCUUUAGUGUUCGGUGUAAGAACGGCAUGAACCACCGGAAAGAUGGGGUCCCACACAUGGCUGAUGGAUUAUGCCAAUAUGCCCACCAGUACAACAAUAAAGUCCUCAUCUGUAAGAAGUGCUAUGAGGGCGGAAGGGAAGUGAUUGUCAUCCCCAAAACAUCUGCCUCCACAGACAACCCGUGGUUUGGUCUGGCCAAGUAUGCGUGGUCUGGGUACGUUUUAGAGUGUGCAAGCUGUGGCAUCAUCUACCGCAGCAGACAGUACUGGAUGGGCAACCAGGACCCGGAGAGCAGUGUGGUGCGGCCAGAGGUCAAGCACGUCUGGCAGGGGACUGAUGCCUUCCAGACUGACCAUCAGAAUGCUGCUCAGCGGGUUUUGGAUGGAAUGAACUACAUUAUUCAGUCAGUGACAGAAUACAGUUCAGGGCCGACCAAAGCUGUCGCUGCGUGGCUCACAGACCAGGUGGCUCCACCUUACUGGAAACCCAAUGCUGAAAUCAGCGAGUGUCACGGCUGUAAGCGAGUGUUUGAGGAGGUGGAGAGGAAGCAUCACUGUCGGGCCUGUGGUCAGGGUUUCUGUCAGGCCUGCUCCACUCACAGCAUGCCAGUGCCCGAGAGAGGAUGGGGCGGCACCCCUGUACGAGUGUGUGAUGCCUGUUACCGGCAGGGGGGACCACAGCACUGCGGACAGGUGUCCAGUACUGAACCCCGGACACUAGUGGCCCGCAAAGUGACAGAAGUGGCCCAGUCCACUCUUGACAUGGUGUCCACUGCAGUCGACUAUCCGCUCUGCUUCAUAAAGGGAGUUGCGAGACCGGACUAUUGGGUCCCGGACCAUGAGAUCACCCAGUGCCACUGCUGUGCUAAAGUUUUCACCCCCAGCAUGUCUAAACACCACUGCCGGGCAUGUGGAGAAGGUGUGUGUGGAAACUGCUCUAGUAAGACCAGAGCUGUGCCAUCCCGUGGCUGGGACCAUCCAGUGCGAGUGUGUGACACCUGCGCUGAAAUCCGGGACUCACUGUGACCCUCCAGCUCCUGUCCCGCUGCUCACAUCCAGGUUAUAGGCCGUUUACAAGCUUUACACGAAGCUGGAGGAAGAUGAAACUCACUGCAGAACAUAGACAAACACUCAGGCUGAGAGGGAUGAUCUUUGAAUCAAGAGAAAAACUAAUAAUUAUAUGUUGCAAAAUGACAAUAAUUUGUGUUAUUGAGAUUCAUUAGAUGACAAUUAAGCACAUUUUAUACACCCCAAAACCUAGUUCACUAUACAUGAUUUUCUACAUACACAGCUAUGGAAAAAGUCUGUUUUUCUGGAUUAACAGUUUAUAGUUAUGUGCAGGGUGCGAAUUACAGGGGGGGUUGGGGGAGAUUGACCACCCAAUUAAUUAUUGAUCCUCCAUGAAGGCCGUCAAAAUAUGUGGGUCAGUCCUUUAAAUACUGAGAAAUAGUUUUCUCUGAUCUGUAUUCUAAAUAAUAUUUAUCAUUAAAAUAAUAGAUAAUAUAAACACACAUUUGACCACCCCUAUAACAGUUCAUACCAUUAUGAACACAAAAUCAGUCUAUGCGAGAGAGAAAAAUCAUUGAAAAGUCGGAAACUGGCAGAUCUACAGCACCGAUGGACACCGUAAGUGUUUAAAAAGACACUUUUCUUGUAAGAUAGCUGUUUGUUUCUACAUACAGCCUAAAAGUAAAGUAAAAUGGCUGCAGAGUUUGAAUAGUUUGACCUGCAGUAACCUCUGAAAUAACAAAUCAGAGUAUACUAUACAUCAGAAUACACUAAAUAUCUCUCAAAACACUGAAAUGUUAAAUAUGUUUUUUAAUAAAUGAGAUGUAAUUGAAAUGAAUAAAUACAUUUAACUGAAGGAUGUUUUACACAAACAUUACUGAAAAAGAUAACACCCCCGAUCAUCAGUGUAGAAUUCGCACCCUGGUUAUGUGUUUGAGUAAAGAGUUUUGUCUUGUAAAGUACUGAUGAGAUUUCCUAUUAAUUACUCAUUUGAAACAAAAUAGUUGUAAUUAAAACAUGUUUGUAUACAUCUUUAAAUGCAGUUUUAGACAACCCAACACACAAUUUUAAGUUCAGAAGUUCAAAAAUCAAUAUGUGAUGAUUUCAUAUAUCAACAACCACAAAAAAAAAUAUUUGUGUGCGUGCGUGUGUGUACUAAAAAGUUUACAUAUCCCUUAAAGAAUUACCCUUAAAAUGUAAAUAAUUAAAACAAAAUAAGAGAGAUUAUACAAAAUGCAUGCUGUUUUUAUUAUUUUUAUUUACUACUGUUUUGAGUAAGAUAUUGUUCUUAAAAUAUGUUUACAUAUGGCUCAAUAGACAACAAUAUAGCUGAAAUUAUUAAAAUAACCCCGUGCAAAAGUUUACAUACUUGGUUUUUAGUACCGUUAGUGGUUUACUGAUGAUCUCUGAGUGUUUUUCUGCCUUGAGAUGGUUCUUCAUGAGUCUCUUGUUUGUUCUGAACAGUUAAACUGACUGCUGUUCUACAGAAAAAUCCUCAAUCUCCUGCAGAUUCUUCAGUUUUCCAGCAUCUUUUGCAGAUCUAAACCCUUUCCAACAUCGUCUGUAUGAUUGUGAGAUUCAUAUUUUCACUCAAAGGAUGAUUGAGGGACUCGAACACUACUGUUAAAAAAGGUUUAAACCCUAACUGAUGCUCCAGAAGGAAACAGGAGACAUUAAAAGGGGUGAAACCCUUAAGGAUCUGUAGAUCAAGGUAAAUUACACUUAAUUUUUGAUCAUCAGGAAAUCGCAUUACAUUUUAAUAAUGUUAACAUCUUUUAUGUAAAUUAUCUUACUCAGAACAGUACUAAAUAAAACAGCAUGCAUUUUGUUUGAUCUUUCUUUUUUUGUUAAAAUUGUUCACAUUUUAACUAAUUCUUCAAGAGGUGUGUAAACUUUCCAGCACAACUGUAACUUGUAUAUACAAUUCGGAGACAAAUGUGCCUUAAUGGUCACAAAUAUAAUAGUAUAUAAAUUAUAAUUCAUAUACAUAUAGAUUCAUUCUUCAUAUAUAAUAGGAAUAUUUCAAUGCAAAAAUAAUAAUUCAUUCUAAAACAAUAAUGUUUGAAAGAAGAUAUUUACUUAUAUACUUAAGAGGCAAAAACUAAUUUUAAUAGAUUUUGAUAGAUCCUAGCUCUAGUGCUGGCACUGAAAAACGAACGCCUUCUAAAAGUGCAUUUCUGUAAAUAAUUUUUUAGAUAAAUAAUAAUAACUUUUUAUUCUAAAGACAGAUAAGAAAGCAUAUUGAUCAACAGAGAAUAAGAGCAGUAAAUGUUAACAUGCGCAAUGCAAAGUAAGUUAUCAUUUAAGAUGUUGAGAUGCUUGGCAUCUUAAAUAUCCAAUAAAGAUGCAUUUAUAUACGUCUAAUAGAAGCUUUAUUUUUAUCUUUUAUUGAGACACUUUAUACUUUAUUCCAGUAAUGGAGCAACAGUAGACGAAUAAAACCUAGAAAAUUCACAUUCCAGUUUGGGUCAGUGCAGUUCAUGCAAUCGGCUCCUAUCUCGUUCUAUUUGUAUUAGUUUUUCUCAAAUGCCGACUGCACUUUAUCUAAUCUUUAACUUUAGCCAAGAGCCAUGUAGUCAAUUCUGUAAGAUGCAAACUGUACAUAUCUAAUGAAAAGGGACUUUAAUUCAGCGGUGCCUAAUGGAUCUCAACCACUGUUAUGCAUAAAAAAAAUAGAGGAUGAUUUCAUAAUGCAGACUUACACUAAACCCAGUGCUGAAGACUGAGCGCUGAGCUCAUCGAUAGCUUAUAUAAGGCACUUUAUUUUUAUUUGAUUUAAGCGAAUCCAUGAGGAAUAUCUCAACUUUUUUAAAAACAUUUCUGCUUCUGUUUGUGUUUUUAUGUGGAAUCCAGCAUCAGUCUUCAGUGAAGGGAUUUAAACCAAAGCAAUGGGUUUAAUAGCACACACGCAAACGACAAUCUUGGGUCUGUGUACUGAUUCAUCCAAACAUUAAAAAGUCUUUGAAAAUGA